UUUUCUCAGUUUCAAAAUGUCUGACGUAGUCAUUGGGUUUUUCGCCACAGUGGCGUUUAUUGUCAUUAUCCUUUUUGAUGUUGGAAUUGUAACACCUUACUGGAUAACGGUAGAAGAGACUCUUCUAAAUUCUACAAGAAGUUUUACUCAUGGUCUAUUCUACAGUUUGGACUAUCCUGGAAAUGAAACUGUUUUCGACAAUUUAGUUAUUUGGCUUAAUAUAGCAACAUCCUUGUGUCUGACAAUCCUCCCUUUGUUCUGGAGUUGUAUCAGGUGUAUCAUUUGUUGCCGAAGCAGUAAUAAAAUGAAAAUAGCCGGAAAUUUACAGAUAGUUGCUGUAAAUGUUACUCUUUGCCUUACACUCUUGCAGGUCUUCUUGGGUUUGCAUCCGUCUUGACAGUGGUUGUUAAAUUUGGCCUUAAACAACUUAGAUGGUCAUUUUAUCUUACCGUUGCCUCAACCUG